AUGUGCCAACCAACCAUGUUUAACUACGAACGUCCAAAACACUUUAUCCAGUCUAAGAAUGUGUGUCAAGGGCAACAGCAGCCUCCGGGACCUGCAACCUCUACAGAGCCGAGCAGACAAAUCAAACAGUCCUCCAUUCUAAUACAGCCUCGUAACCCUAGCGGGCAGAAAUUCUCCUCCUCGUCAUCGCUGAGCUCUUCAAUCACGCUCUCCUCGCCUUCCUGUAGUGCCCCUAAGGAAUCCACAUAUCCCGUCACGCCUGCGUCUGCGCAGUCUCCUGCUAGCUCAUCAUCCGGGCAACGGCUUAUAUCCAUGCCUAACCAACCCCCCGCAGCAUUCCUGUGCUCAGUGCUACCCUCGCAGCCUGAUUAUAACAGCCAAACUCCUCCUGGGGAACCUCAGAAUAACUUUGUUUCCUCUUCCUGCAUGAGUAGUUACUCAAAGCCAAUGUAUAACAAACAAGCUAGCAUCAACUCUAUGCAGAAGACGUCUGACCAAGAAAUUCGAGGAACAAAAGAGGCCCUCAUCCAGGACUUGGAAAAGAAACUCCGGUGCAAAGACAACCUUCUCCAGAAUGGCAACCAGCGAUUAACUUAUGAAGAAAGAAUGGCUCGCAGGCUGCUAGGACCAGAAAACGCUGCAUCUGUGUUUGAAGCACAAAGCGAAGAUAUGCAGAACGCACAGCACCAGAACGCAGAGAACAUCAGGCUGCAGGUUCCUACAACACAUGUAAGGAGCAGACCAUCCUCAAGAGGAGAUGAACGUGGACAUGAUGCAAUUCAGGAAAAGUUUUUUCAACCACGUUUUACACAAGUACCAGAAGAUGUCAUUAUUGAGGAGGGGCGAUUCUGCAGGCUCGACUUCAAAGUUAGUGGGCUGCCAACCCCAGAUGUGAUGUGGUAUCAGAACGGAAGGAUGGUACAUCAAGACCAGUUUCAUAAAAUGAUCGUGUCAGAAAAGGGAUUCCACUCAUUUAUUUUUGAAGCAGUCAAAUCAUCUGAUGCAGGGACAUAUGAAUGUGUGGCUGUCAACCGUGCAGGAGAAGCAUCUUUUGCAGUAAAAGUGGAAGUAAUUGCAAAAGAACAUCACACGCCUCCAACUUUCAUCUUUAAGCCACAAAGCAAAAAGGUUUUUGAAGGAGAUACAGCCAGACUCGAAUGCCAGAUCUCUGCCAUCCCAACACCUCGGAUUUACUGGAAAAGAAACAAUGAAAUGGUACAAUAUAAUACAGACCGAAUAAGUUUGUUACAUGACAAUACUGGAAGGAUUUGCCUCCUGAUUCAUAAUGCAAACAAGAAAGAUGCUGGUUGGUACACAGUGUCUGCUGUCAACGGAGCAGGAGUGGCCACAUGCCACGCCAGACUGGAGGUUGCAACACACGCAAACAAGCCAGUUCCAGCCCCAAAGCACUUACGGGUUCGACCAACUUUUAGCAAGUAUUUGGCACUUAAUGGCAGAGGACUGGACGUGAAACAAGCUUUCUCACCAGAAGGAGAGUUUCAGCGUUUGGCUGAGCAGUCUGGACUGUAUGAAAGUGAUGAACUUUAACUGGAAAUUAAGAGGAAAACUCACACCUAUAAGAGACAGUUACUACAUAGACGUAGUUAACCGAUGGUUGCUCUGAUUAGCAAAACACCUAUCUACGUACUUCUACUUUGACUCUUGCACAUUCUGUUGUUCUCCUUUUACCUGUUAGAUUUUAUUUAUAUGGGUUGGUGAAUAUAGCCAUUUACUGAGUAUUGUAUUUUAAGCCUAAGAAAGCAGGGCAAUUAGAUUUUACAGGUGUAGGUGGUUUUAGCUCCACCUGUGCUUGGUUACUUGCUAAAUUAGAUUGGUUUGUACUGCUUCUCUAAUAUCACUCUUGAUAAUAUCAGAACUCUGUAAUGUCUGAAUACUAAAACCAAAUAGACUAGAGUGU